AUGUCGCCCCGCGCCGCGCUCGAUCGCGUCGCGCGGAUCUGCGUCGCCCGCGCGCGCGCCCUCGUCGACGGACGCGCGCUCGGACGCGCGGGACGGGGCGAUGUGGAAUCGCGCGCGCGGUGGAGCCCUCCACCGUGGGCCCGGACGUUUUGCGCCGACGGUGACGCCGCGAGCGCGCGUGGGGGGGCGACGGCGACGGCGACGGCGACGGCGAGCGAUGGAUCGCCGUCGAGGACUGGGCGGAAGCGCCGGGCGCGGGCGUCGCCGAUGAGGGAGGCGAACGUGUACGUGAAGAACAUGGCGCCGGGGGUCACGGAGCGGGCGCUGCGGGAGACGUUUCGACGGUUUGGACCGAUCGCGAGCGCGCGGGCGCUGAAUCCGGAUGGGCCGUGGCCGGGGGGGUUGGUGCGGUUCGUUCGAGCGGAAGAUGCGAGGAAGGCGAUCGAGGCGGCGGUGGACGGGGGGUUGGGGACGCUGGAGGGGGCGCCGGGGGCGCUCUUGGUGCGCCUGGCGGAGAAGAAGCGAGACGGCGCGAACGUGGGGGGGGAUGAGGGAAUGGAGGGCGUCGAUCCGAUUGAGACGUCGGCGGCGUUGGAACGCAGAAAGGCUGAGCUCGCCGAUCGCAGGCAAUUCCGCGCGGAACGAUUGGCGAGCGAGAGGGUGAAGGCGCAGGAGAUGUCAGAGGCGCGACGCGCCGAGCGCGUAGCGGCAGCCAAGGAGAACAUCAAGACGUUCGUUCCGCGCUAUAAGCGUGUACAGGGAGCUGGGACCGGAGCGGAACUCACGCUCGAUCCGUCGCUUCGCGCGUCCGCGUCCUCGCGACGCAUGAAGGAUGGUCAGUUCACGGCGGGAAUCCAACAGCGCAAGCGCGGCCAGGGUAGAGCGACGAAUCGUUCGCAACGUCGCGGCGACGGUGUGGACGCGCAGAUUCAACAAGCUCUCAACGAGCGCAUUCGCCAAGCUCGUCAGCUUCAAGCGGCGAACGAGACUUACGACUACGAUAGACACGAGUUUGUUCGCGCGAGCUUCCUCUUGACAAACGAAAAGCUUGACGUCAACCACAUCGUCGAGAAGCCUCGGUUGGUGAGUGAAGCGGUCGAGAUAAACGAUGAGGAGGUGAUCGAGAAGCACAAACCGUGGCUCAUGGAGGCGGCGGGUAUCAGCAGCGAGGAGGAGUAUCAACUUCUGAAGAACGAGGCGAUCGAGGCGAGAACGCAAGAGCGCGUCUAUGAACGGUUGAUGCGCAAGAGAGCCGGCCUCUCUCCGUUCACGGACAACUUCCUCGCCGAACGCGCCUCCCUCGCUUCAAUCUUCGCUGGUGUUUCAGACGACAACGUUCUGAGCGAGUUCUCCAAGAUGGCGGUGAACACACUUGAUUCCAAUCCAUUCUGGAAGUACUCCGACAAAGUGCGAUUAUUGGAGAGACUAGAGCGCGAGGCGGGCAACGUUUCUGGCAUGACGGCCGAAGCUGAUUAG